AUGGAUGCGCCCUUGUAUGCUCGAAUGCAGGAGCACUCUGCUCGCCAUCAGCACGCUAUCCAGUUGUCCGUCUCAGCUGAGCCUGCACGCAAUGAAGUGGUGCAUCUGGAGCUUCAUCUGCUUAGCCACGUUGAAGUCGUGGAAUUGCUGUGCCGAGUUUACCGAGAGAUGCGAUCCACCAAGAAUGAAUUGGAAGUUUUACGCCGAGAGUUCCGCGACCUCAGGAACCGCUUCGGCACGACCUUGGAAAAUCUGGCAGCAUGGCAGGACGAGUUGGCACCUCUCCUUGGAUUAGUCCACCCUCAGCCGGAUAUGCCCCCUGACGACGAUGGCUUCGUGUGUCCCUGUUUGAGGGAUCUCUUGGUGACAGCCUCUGCGCCACCGCUCGAGGUAAGCCCAUCGAGUAAGGCACAAGUCGCCAUCGAGGACAGAGGACAAGUAGAAGCCCAAAUUCUGAAGCUUCGUCAGACUAUUCAACGAAGGCGGAACCUGCCUGGUUCGAACGCGCAGGCGAAGCACAAGGCCGAAAAGGUGCUCAGUCACUAUGAAGAGGUCUUGCAAACUCUCGAGGAAAGGCUCGGACAGUUGGACCAUGAGAUUCGGGAGAUGGGCAGCAGUCGAAUCUUUUGGGCAAAACUUGCUCUCUCACAGUGA